GGAAAGCGCGCCGUGAUCCGGAAAGCGCGCCGUGAUCCGGAAUGCGCGCCGUGAUCCGAAAUGCGCGCCGUGAUCCGAAAUGCGCGCCGUGAUCCGAAAUGCGCGCUGUGAUCCGGCGCGCGCUCUGGGAUCUGGAGCGCGCUCUGGAUCUGGAGCGCACAGGACCUGGACAUCCGGUCGCCUAUUCUUCGCGAGGUGCUUAGAGACCCUCAGCUCCCCUCCACCCUCACCGAGGUCUAGCCCACCAGAUCUGGGACCCGGUGGCCUGAGCAGCCCAGAAGCCAAGGAGACAUCCGUGUGUCUCUCCUGCCUGAAGGCCCGGAUAUUUUAUCAGACUCAGCGACUGAUUCCUUUUAAAAGAUCAGCAUGGAGACACAUCCCUCCUUAGCGGUGAAACAGUCUUACCCAGACUUGAUCAUCUAUGCAGGAAAAGUGACACUUGGAGAAGAAUAUCGAAAUAGAAUGGACUCAAAGAAGAGAAGGCUGGAGAAGACAAGAAUCACAGAGGCUGCUUGUGCUCUGUUAAACUCUGGAGGAGGAGUGAUUGCUAUGCAAAUGGUCAACAAGAGUGAGCAUCCUGUGGAGAUGGGACUGGACUUAGAACAAUCUUUGAGAGAGCUUAUUCUGUCCUCUGAUUUGCAGGCUUUCUUUGAGACGAAACAACAAGAGGACCAGUUUUACAUUUUUGUUAAAUCUUGGAGCUGCAGCCCUGAAGAUGGUUCCUCUAAGCCUCGAAUUUGCAGCCUAGACUCUUCCUUGUACCGUCGAUCUUUUACUUCUAAGGUUGCCAUAAAUUCAAGAGAAGCCUUUGACUUUCUGAAAGACAAGAAGGCAUGUGUCAAAUGCAGUCCCACUGAUGACGGAGCUCCACGUGUUAAAAUCCCCAGAGCCAUGUGUCUGAACAGCCUGGAAUCAAACCCAGCUUUUGAAAUUUUCCAAAGUAAGAAACUUGAAUAUGGCAAAUGCUUGACUUUUCCUGAAUCCGAAUUUAUAGAGUUUAAACAAUUCUCUACCAAACAUGCCCAAGAAUAUAUAAGAACCAUAAUUCCAGAGUACAUCUCCGCAUUUGCAAACACCCAGGGAGGCUAUCUUUUCAUUGGAGUGGAUGAUGAGAGUAAGAGAGUCCUGGGAUGCCCAAAAGACAAAGUUGACCCUGACUCUUUGAAAACAGUGGCAAAUAAAGCAAUAUCCAAGUUGCCAGUUUUCCACUUUUGUUCAUCUAUAGACAAGGUGUCUUAUGAGACCAGAGUCAUAGAUGUGUUUCAAGAGGGAAAUUUGUAUGGUUAUCUCUGUGUGAUCAAAGUAGAGCAGUUCUGCUGUGUGGUGUUCUCAGAGACUCCCAUUUCAUGGAUGGUAGACAAGGAGAAAGGUGUCUACAGGCUGAACACCGAGGAAUGGGUACACAUGAUGGUGGAUGUUGGCCCAGCUGAGCCCUUCAAGCUGGGACCUUCAGCGCUCAGCAUGGUUGGAGAAAAACCCCAUGUGAUUGGAGAGGGAAAAAGGCCACUAACAUUGCAGAAAGCAGAGGAGGAGUUCACCUGGAAUUGUCUCCAGAGCAAGCAUCCGCUCUUUGAGUUCCGCAAGAUUCACAGAGAGACCUGGGAGACACUGGAGCAAGCGACCACCUCACAGGGAAUGAACUUAAAGAAAACCUAGGAAAGAGAAAGGAGGGUCUUUGAAUUGAAGAGUAUUUAAGACAGCGUGGAAAAGGAGCUUGUUUUCUUCUGAGAUGUGGAUGGAGUAGGAAGCUCAGCUGGGAGCUUUCUCUGUCUCUCUGAGCUAGCAGGCUUUCACCACAGUGCCUGGCUACUAUGUGGUCUUUUGGUAAAUCGAACACUUGGGAUUUUGUUUUUCAAAGAACUGCAUAAUUAUUUGAUUAGACUUUUUUGAAUUUGUUGUUGGGGAACCUUAGAGAAGAAAUUUAUAAAACAGGGUGCAACUAGUAAAAGUAGGAAAACAGGAAGCAGGGGUCGGGAAGGGUAGUAUCCAACUCCAUAUUCUCAAAGGUUCUCUAAAGACCCCUGGGGCUGAAGUCAUCAAGUUGUUCAUUAUGUUUUUGGAGAUCUGUUUGAAGUUGUUGGAUUUUGUUUUUUAUUACAUCCGAUUGAUUGACACAGAAGCAGCACUCCAAGAGGAGGAAGAGUUAUUGCAGCUAGAAGAAGAUCCAGUGCCCAUCAGUUUGGGAGAACCACCCGGGAGCCAGGGUGGGUUGAUGAGGAGAGCCAGUUGCUAGAGAGGGAGAAGGGGAGACCAAGGAGUUAGAGGAAGAGAAGGAGGUGUGCCUGGAAGCCAGCAAAGUGGGGCUCGUUAUUGGGAACAAAAACAGUGGAAGAAUCAUUUUGUUCAGACCUCAAAGCUAGAAGGGACCGGGAGUGGAACA